AAAAUUGCGCCAAUUCCCUUGCUCCAAAAUCUCCGGCUCUUCCAUACAUAUCCGCUUCCCCUCCGUCUCGCGCCUCGUCAGUUGCCUCCCCUCCCCUCCGUUCCCCUCUCCUCCCCUCCCCGCUCCCACCCCCACCACACUCGCUAGCGGUUGGUCUGCACUCGCGUCCAAACCAAGCAAACCCAAAACCCUAGGACGCCGCCUCUGCCGGCCGAGCUCCCUCCCUAGCUGUGCCGCCGCCGCCGCCGCCGCCGGAGGAGGGGCGAGGAAGAUGCCGCGCGAGAUCAUAACGAUCCAGGUGGGGCAAUGCGGGAACCAGAUCGGGAUGGAGUUCUGGAAGCAGCUCUGCCUCGAGCACGGCAUCGGCAAGGACGGCCUCCUCGAGGACUUCGCCACCCAGGGUGGUGACAGGAAGGACGUCUUCUUUUACCAGGCCGAUGACCAGCACUACAUACCCAGGGCUCUUUUGGUGGAUCUAGAGCCGAGAGUGAUCAAUGGAAUACAAAACAGCGAGUACAGGAACCUGUACAACCAUGAGAAUGUAUUUGUCGCUGAGCAUGGUGGUGGUGCUGGAAACAACUGGGCUAGCGGGUACCAUCAGGGUGAACAAGUUGUUGAUGAUAUCAUGGACAUGGUCGAUAGAGAAGCAGAUGGAAGCGAUAGCCUUGAGGGUUUCGUUCUUUGUCACUCUAUCGCUGGUGGAACUGGUUCAGGUAUGGGUUCUUAUCUGUUGGAGACACUAAAUGAUCGGUACAGCAAAAAGCUUGUGCAGACAUAUAGUGUUUUUCCAAAUCAGAUGGAAACAAGUGAUGUUGUUGUCCAACCUUACAACUCACUUUUAACUCUGAAGCGGCUGACACUGAAUGCUGAUUGUGUGGUUGUUCUUGACAAUACGGCUCUUAAUAGGAUUGCAGUAGAGCGUCUUCAUUUAUCAAAUCCUACUUUUGCGCAAACAAACUCUUUGGUCUCCACGGUUAUGUCAGCUAGCACAACUACUUUGAGGUAUCCUGGAUAUAUGAACAAUGAUCUGGUUGGCCUUCUUGCCUCCUUGAUCCCUACUCCAAGGUGUCAUUUUCUAAUGACAGGUUAUACUCCAUUGACCGUUGAACGCCAGGUUAAUAUGAUACGCAAAACGACGGUACUGGAUGUUAUGAGAAGACUUCUGCAGACAAAGAAUAUAAUGGUGUCAUCAUAUGCCCGAACAAAGGAAGCCAGCCAGGCUAAAUACAUUUCCAUACUUAAUAUCAUUCAAGGAGAGGUCGACCCUACACAGGUCCAUGAGAGCCUGCAAAGGAUACGCGAAAGGAAGCUUGUUAACUUCAUAGAUUGGGCACCUGCAAGCAUUCAGGUUGCCUUGUCAAGAAAAUCCCCAUAUGUUCAAACAACUCACAGGGUUAGUGGUUUGAUGUUAGCGAAUCAUACUAGUAUUCGCCACUUGUUCAGCAAAUGCCUGGGACAAUAUGAAAAGCUAAGGAAAAAGCAAGCUUUUCUUGACAACUACAGGAAGUUCCCAAUGUUUGCGGACAAUGAUCUCUCUGAAUUUGAUGAAUCUCGAGAGAUAAUAGAGAGCCUAGUUGACGAGUACAAGGCUUGUGAAUCACCAGACUACAUCAAAUGGGGAAUGGAGGACCCUGGAGAGGCAACCGUUGCGGCUGCACUUGAUUCUAAGUUAGUGGUGUAAAUACCAAGGCCCUGCGGAUUAUCCAAAGAUGCACUGUAGCUUCCUGGUAGUCAUCAAUUCCAUGCCGCCUGCUCGUCUCGAUCCCAUCGGAGUGGGUCAUGCAGUUAUUUGCAACCUCACAGUUUGCCGCCCUUUUUUUUUUGUUAGUUUGUGUGCUAUGUAAAUGUUGAAAGCCACUUCUCCUGGUCUGUGCUGUUCCAGUCUUUUAGCUACCAUCUUUGGUGGCGAUGGGUUGGUUCCAUGUUCUGUGACGCUGAUAGUUUCGGUAGUACUCCAUAUUGUGAUCCGCUUUCCUUAAUGAUGACGUAGCAGCUUUUAGUGAACCUAGUUUGUGGGGCGUCUGCCGUGGCCCUCUCAGUAUCUACGCCUGGAGGAACUACCGGUUCUGGGUAGCAAUUUAGGAAUGCAAUCAUAUGCUUUCAUUUCUGGCAAUGUAAUGGAUUCUGGCUGGGUUGGUAAACGUGAAAUGUUUUCACGAAGCAAUAGAACA